GUGACCCCUCCUCCCGUCUUCGGCUCGAUUGGCCAAGGUGGAUCUGCAAGGCCUCUGGCAGCGCAGCGUGAGCCGGGACCAUGUCGAGGCGUAUCUUCCGGGCCGUGAUCAUGGGUCCUCCCGGAUCGGGCAAAGGGACCAUCUCCGACUGGAUCGUGAGGGACUUUGCGCUCCAGUACCUCUCGUGCGGGGACAUGAUGCGGCAGAAUGUGAGGAACAAGACCCCCGUGGGCCUCGAAAUGGAGAAGUUCAUUGAAAGGGGGCAACUCGUGCCGGAUGAGCUCGUCACCAAGUUGAUGCUCCAUGAGAUCCGGGAGACCUUCCGGAACGAUCCGUGGCUGUUGGACGGAUUCCCUCGCACAGUGCCUCAAGCGGAAGUGCUCCUUCAGACGACACCACUCAGCUGCGUGCUGAACCUGGCCGUGCCCGAAGACGAGAUCACACGGCGGAUAGCCGGACGUUGGAUCCACGCGGCCAGCGGGCGCACGUACCACGUCGACUUCAACCCGCCCAAGGUCCCCUUCAAGGACGACGAGACGGGGGAGCCGCUCGAACAGCGUGCGGACGACAAGCCCGAGACGGUGAAAGCGCGUCUAGAGGCCUACCGCACCCUGACGGAGCCCGUGCUCGCGUUCUACGACAAGAAGGGUCUGUUGCACGAGUUUCACGGCACAAAGUCAAAGGAGAUCUGGCCCCACGUGUACAAGUUUCUCAGCACGCUCAAGAAACCCGACCGCUCGCUCAGCAUAGAUUGACUCCGAGGCACUUAGUGCGAAACCGAAAAUGGACUAUGGGGAGUGGGGAAUUCUGAGAGGGCGCUGGAGGUAGUGCGAUCUGGGGAUUGUUUUGUCCUAGACGAGAAAAAUGUCUAGACUGUUUUGGGAAAUUGCAGUUUUUGUUUGAAGGAAACUCUGCAGGGACGUUGAGAUAGUUUAGGGACUGUGGACGUACGAGGCGAGAGAGUAUGGUAUAUGCUCUUCGUGGAGUCUAGCAGAAUAUUCGUUGGUUGCUCUGUUAUCUGGAGAAGUCUGCCGGGGUUGAGGGGAACUCGGGGUUGUGUAACCGACCGGAUUUUUACAAUAUUUGUGAACAUUAGCAGGAGCGGGGUUUGUGUAUGAAGAGUUUGCAGAUGUGGCCCUCGAAUAUCGAGGCCAUCUUCACUGGCAAUGAUUUUCUCCAAACUGGAUGUAUUCUGGAGCCUGUUGGACAUCAUCUUUCAUAGGGAGUGUUCGGGGUUUUACGAAAGAACGGGUCACUUCUCAGAUAAAUACUGCUUAACCGGAUGUUUCUUUUAGAGCGCAGCUCUUAGGUGCCUGUCGGCGUAACCGCGCGUUGCAUUAUGGGACUUUCCCAUAAUGAUGUCACGUGUGACGUCACGAGGGUGAAAUUUUCCCGCUAGAUUUGGCGGUAAAAUUUUUCCGCUAAAUUUGGCAUUAAAUUUUUCUGCUAAAUUUAGCGGGAACAUUUUUUCGCUAAAUUUAGCGGGGAAAUAUUCCUGCUGAAUUUAGCUGAAAGAUUUACCGCCAAAUUUAACAAAAAAAGUUUCCCCACUAAAUUUUUUUUUUUUUUUUUUUUUCGAGAUUUGGUUGUUUGAGAAAGCAACAAUCUUUUCUGCAUUUGAAACCUAGUAUAUAUGUUUCGAUAAAAUAAGAAAUAUCUAAACUUAAAUGCGUAUAGAAAUAUUUGUAUUAGCCACAUAAAGGGGCGGCAUUAGUAAUGCUUUGGAAGGAGUUGGACAUCUUUUUACUACGGCUCUCGAGGUUAAAAGAAGUAAAGAGUGAUACUUCUGUCUUUCAAACGUAUGCACUUGCGAUGCCUUGCAAGGUGCUUUAAGCUCAAACUAUGUUGAGCUCCUUUGUGUUUUUAAAGUUGCUUUAGUGGGCACUUGUCAGGUGCUUGGCAGUCACCUACAGGCACCCAUGUUCUCAGCAUUGAAAGUUUGAGAAUUUUCCGAGCCUAUUUCGAUAGCCAGGCAAGCCGGAUCUCGACAAUUCGUCGCUCAGUUUUUCAAAGCUUGGGCUUGUGUCGGCCAAUCAUUAGGCGAAUCGGUAGCCAGAGCUUGUUUGGUGGAUUGGCUCGUCAUGGUAUUAGGUUCAUUGUUUGGCUCGACGACACGCUUAUAAUUUCUUUGGGGUGCGAUGUACACUCUAUACUGUAGUCACACUCUCGAAUUGCAUGGUGCAUCGUGAUCCGAGCAGCUUCUGAUGAAGAAAAGAAAUGGUUGCCGAGCUAGUUUUCACCUAGUAAAAAACGUGUGACUUCGGCGCCAGUUCCAGCAUCCAAGCAUCGAACGGAAAUGCCGCGGGUGGUUCUACUCCCUUUAACUGUUUCUUAUGCACCUGCUCUGAGUUACCCAGGUGCACGCUGAAGCAAUUUUAAAAACAAAAAGAGGGCGUAUCAUAUGGUCUGGAUUUUCCUGAACUUAUAAUAGCUGACGCACCUGUAUUAGGUGAGGAAGUGCCAUUUGUAUUUUGGUUGUUUAUUUUGCAGUGUCAGGUCUCUAUUGUUUUUUGUAAGCUCCACAUAACUAAAACUUUGUAAUUUGCACUUGUUGGUACCAAGGAGGUCCAAUGGUCAAGGAGCCAGCAUCCCAUGAGGGAAAUUAUGGUGCAAUCUCCAGGGCAUCCAUCUUAGAGUGGCGAACCACGGGCGAGAUCAGUCAUCUGAUCUUGCCCACACUCUAAUAUUGCACCCGUCGGAAUCUUAUGUCUGCGACAUGUGGAAGUAGUUUUAGUGCGACAUAUUUUUGCCAGGCAUUUUGUCAUUUAUGAGGUAUGUACAAUCCAGUUCUAUUCAUCUAACCUUCUUGGUUAGCAAUCUAAGCAUUACUGUGAUGCGCUGUUACAGAGCUGAAGAGGCCAUAGCUCUGUUCAUAACCGAAGGGAUGUUGUCCACAUUGAAGUAAGCGUGCAUACAAACAUUGGUGGGGGCCUUUGUUGCAAUUUAAAUAUGUCGUGCGGUUUUCAGUUUCGGUUUGAUAACUUUGGAUGAGACACAAAGUUAUUAUGAUGUCGUUGUGUCAGAUGUAGCCUUGUUCCACAGUCUUUCCAUACCUUGUAGUAUAUUAAAAAGACUCUGGUAAAGAUAUUUGAGGUACAGUUCAAGGAAACAGCCUCAUUGAAAGAUGGCAUGGCAGCACAAUGGCUGCUACUUCAAAACAUUUCAAAAUACGGCUUUCAAGCACGGCUCAUACUACAGUCCUAAUGACUUUGUACCCAUGUCCAGUAAUGGAUGGAUAAAUAGAAGCACCAAAGAGCAGGGACAAAGUCAAGGUGGUAACGACAACAGGGAGCACUCCGUGUUGUUGUUACUUCAUUUUGUCCCUGUCCUUCGACGCUUCUAUCCAGUCAUGAACGUACUAGCCCAACUGAACAUUUUGUUCCAGUAGUCGAUGCAUACAUAACAGCCCUACUAAACCAGGAUGCAGCGGCAGUAUGCUCUGAAUCCUUACCCAACUUACCUCGAAUGUUGUACUCCAGCACUGUCAAGAGAGGUUAAGCGAAGAAAGUUACGCGUCUUCCGUAUGUUCAUAGGUUGUGGAAUAGGUUUGAGGUCUGACUACGGCUAAAGCUUGGCAACUACCGUUUUACAGUUACCGCCUCCAGUCACAUACCGCCGCGCAGUUGUCCAAGUCUCCACUGCUCGCUGUUUUCAGCAUCGUUUGGUGCCCCUGUUACCGACUGUUGCUCAGUGAUCUGUGCUUGGUUGUGUACCAGAGCAGCACAGAUAAACUCAUCUAAGAGGGUUGUUAUUUCCAUGCCUCUAAGUCUGCAUUGUUCCUAAGAUUGAUUUACUUGUUGUUUACAAUGUUUGUUAUCUUGUCAACUAUAUGGUCUGUUGAAUACUGGUUCCGGUGCUCGGAACACUCGGAGCUUCGCCUGUGGGUGCUGUGGAAAGUUGCCAUUUCUUUUUGCAACACUACCACAUUGAACAUAUUUCCCUGUAGAUAUACGUACCAUGCUACUGUACAUUAGUGCCUUUAUUAAACCCUAGUGCACUUUUUGGUAAACUUCUGUGCUUAAAAGGAUUUAAUUUCUUGAGGCUCUUGGCGUGACACUUUUAUUUGGCCGUCUUGUUGAUGGCGAUUAACCCUAGUAAAUUAAAGUCUGAUGCACACAUUUUCUUCGGCAAGGCGGAAAAUAAUUUUCCAUUUCUUUUCUCAGUUUAUCCUUUCACUCCUCUCCUGAAUUGGGAACCCUGGGUGAUCUUGAUUGAUUCCUGCGGCCCCUAUCGAACUGUAAGGGAAUCCCAUAGUUAUAUUUUAUGGGGAUUACUGUAGAAUUUGAUCGGCACUUGGCAAAAAGUUGGAAAGGAAGGAGGGGAGAAAAAUGUAUAUUGGUCUUCUCUGGUUUUACUCUGGUUUUUAAGAUGUGUCAUACCUUAUAUUUCUCAUUUAUACCUGCAGUGCUGACUGAAAAAUAAGUUACACUUUCCUGGCACUUUUGGAGGCAAGAGGUGUCGGUGAUUGACUCGUACCAGUGCAUAUCAUCUGACCGUUAGGUUCGUCCAUGCCAUGUUUAGAGGUCCAGUUUCUCUGUCGUGUGAAGCUUUAUUUUUAACCCCUUAACCAUAUUUAGUUUAUGGGAAUUUCUGACCCUUAGCCGCUUAAUUGUUGUCGUUAAAAUUACAUUUGGUGCCUUCAAAAUCAAAUUUCUAGCCACAAACAAAAUGGGAAAAAAAGUUUUUAUUUUUUAUUUUUUUUAAUUUCAGUGUUGCCAUCUUUUGGCGCAGUUGCAGACUAAGCCAUGAGUGAGCCUGGUUCAUCCAAAAUGGUUGAGUGUGUGAACCGGGGAAAGAAAAACCAUUUGGGGGCGGCUUUGGGAAAAGCAAACAAACCUUGCUCUUUAUACGGUUAAGGGAUUAAUAUACAUACGGGUAGAUUUUCUUCGAUUUACGAUCUGUGGUCAUACUGACUACAGCUUGGCUAUCAGUUUUUAACGUGUUCGUAAAAAAACUGUCUAACUGUACUUCAUACUUCAGGUGUUACAGUUAGGCUAGUCAUGCUUUUCAAGGUUUAGAUAUGGAGGUGUUGUGUUUAGAGGUGCAUAAUUCUAGAUCAGUAGCUUUCUGUGCAUGUUAUACUGCCAAGACAUUUUGUUAUAGUUGAGGUAAUAUUCAAAAUGAAGCCUCCUGAAGUAAUUCAGAAUGUUAGCCAUCAUUCUUUUUACUGCAGUUAUGAGGCUCUCCUAGAGGCUUCUUUUCCGAGUUUCCUCAAGUGUCUUCUGCUAUCUUUGUGUUUGUGUUUUGAGACAGUAUUACAGUUUCCCCUAAAGUUGCAUGCAUCUCAAUAAAACUGUAUUUUGAUGUGUCAUAUAUACAGAACUAUAGAAUAGAUGUUUCUAAUAAAGGUUUUCUAUAGCUUGCAGACUGUAGGCCUGUGCAAUUUAUAGAAUUCGGAGGAAUGGCAAAUGGAUGUUCACUGUCUGCUCACAUUGUCGUCAACUCAUCUGUAUGGAAAUAUGUAUCCGAAGGAUUGUUUUGAAUGUGUUUAUACAUGUUAUGAAGUUUUUAUACUUCGAAUUAAAUGUUGAAAAAGAGCAGU